AUGAACAUCAAGAAGGGAUUCUUGAGUGCCUUCCAGGCGGAGCAUGUUGCACAUGCUUUUAGUGCCGCGAUUCGCUCCAUUCUUGACAACCCUGCGGAGAGUAUUAACGACAUCAACCUGGUCUCCGAGAGCAGUGAGCGGCAGAUGUGGACUUGGAAUCAACACGUCCCGCCGUCUGUGGACAGUUGUCUUCAUGAAAUGGUAGAUGAGCAGGCAAAGAGGAGGCCAGACGCCCCCGCGGUAUGCGCUUGGGACGGUGACUUCACGUUUGCCGAGCUGGACGACUUCUCAACUCGCCUGGCGCAUCACCUCGCGGACCUUGGCGUUGGCGAGGAUGUCUUGGUGCCGUUGUGUUUUGAGAAAUCCAAGUGGACGAUAAUCGCAAUGAUGGCCAUCUUGAAGGCUGGUGGCGCGUUUGUUCCCACGGACCCAUCUCAAGCUACCGACCGACGAGAACGAUUAUUCAAGCAGGCCAACGCGAUUGUCAUUUUGGCUUCGGAAACUUACUCUGCUGGCCUGAAGCAGUCUAGCCAUCGUACUGUCACUGUAUCUGCAGAGCUUCUGGAAUCGUUACCUCGACAACAAGAGAAUCCCUCACCCUAUAAGCCUCAAUCUGCCGCUUACACCAUCUUCACAUCCGGUAGCACUGGACAGCCUAAAGGAGUGGUUGUAGAGCAUUAUGCAAUCUGCUCUAGUUGUGUCUAUCAUGGCGGCAAGAUUGGGUUUUUCGAAACAACCCGAUGCUUACAGUUCUGUGCCUACACCUUUGAUCCUAGCAUUAUGGAGAUCUUCACUACCCUAGUGCACGGCGGUUGCGUGUGUAUACCAUCAGAAGAAGAUCGACUCAACAACAUUGAGGCCAGGAUGAACAUUAUGGACGUUAACACAGCCUUCUUUACGCCGUCGGCAGCUCGCCUUGUGGACCCUGAGCGAGUUACCACCCUACAUAAACUACUCCUGGGUGGCGAAAAGGCUACUGAUGAGGACUUCUCCAGAUGGUGGCCCUACCUUGAUGCCGUGAUUAACGUUUAUGGCCCGGCUGAAUGUUCAAUCAUCAACUCCCUGAACAUCACUAGCCCAUCCAAAUCUCAAGACGGCAACAUUGGCUUAGCGGUCGGCUCAGUUUCAUGGGUUACAGUGCCUGGAGACCCUAAGCGUCUAGCGGCCCUCGGUGCCAUAGGAGAACUACUCGUCGAAGGGCCAAUUCUGUUCCGGGGCUACUUGAAUAACGAGGAGAAGACGAGGUCUUCCUUCGUGGAUAACCCACCGUGGCUCGCCAGAGGCAACAAGGGCCACCCGGGUCGCCGUGCUCGUCUUUAUAACACCGGAGACUUGGUCAGAUAUAGUCAGGACGGUAGCCUGGUUUAUGUUGGACGUAAUGACGCUGCAGUGAAGGUCCGUGGCCAUCGCAUCGAGCUAGGCGAAGUUGAGCACCACGUCCGAGAGUGUCUCCCAGAGGCGACUACAGUAGCUGCCGAACUGAUUACUCUGAAAGACCAAGAUGCCACUAGCUCGAUCCUUGCUGCUUUCAUAGUAGGACUGGAGGAUGACAACGCCAGCAACCCUGCGCCGCACGAUCGCCAGAACGGAGACAGCGAUGCCGUACGGGUUAUUAACGUUUCCGUUGAGGUGGAGAACGCCCUCGCAGAACGCCUGCCGGUCUUUAUGAUGCCGGCGGUAUACUUCGCCGUCAAGGAAAUGCCGCUCAAUACCUCUGGAAAGACAGAUCGUCGUCAGAUAAGGGCCAUCGGCUCCAGAUUCUCGGCCCAGCAGCUAGCCGAGAUGAGAAUGGACUCCAGUCUUGCCAGGAGACAGCCUACCACGGAUAUCGAAAGAGUACUCCAGAGCAUUUGGGCACGUGUACUAAAGAUCGACCCCAUCGCCAUUGGUGUCGAUGACAGCUUCUUCCGCCUCGGCGGUGACUCCAUCGCGGCUAUGAAGAUCGUCAGCCAGGCUCGUGCUGAUGAUCUCUCUCUAUCCGUUGCGGAUAUCUUUCAGCAUCCUACCAUUGCUGCUCUGGCAGGUAUCUCCAACAUCUCUGAAGCCAUAACUCACGAUGAUAUUGCACCAUUCUCUCUCAUUGGUAUCGAGAAGGGCGAGGAAACCACCAUGAUUCGCUCCAUUGCUGCCGAUUGCGGAGUCAAGCCUGCUCAAGUUCGUGAUGCGUAUCCUUGUACACCCCUUCAAGAAGGACUACUAUCGUUAACUACAAGAUCCACGGGGGCCGACACAUAUGUUUCAAGGACUAUGCUACGAUUGGACGCCUCUGUUGAUCUGCAACAAUUCCACGAUACUUGGAACCGUCUAGUGGAUAUCAUGACUAUUCUGCGAACCAGAAUCGUCCAGACUGAGCACUUUGGUUUACUACAGGUGGUAGUAGAUGAGGCGAUUCAGUGGGAAACGGCAACCGACUUGAACGAGUAUCUUGAAAAUGACAAAACAAGAUCGAUGGGCCUUGGCUCGUCUCUUGUCCGAUUUGCAAUGAUACAGCCUCAAGAUCCAUCCCAGUCAUUGUUCUUUGUCCUGACUGUUCACCACGCUCUCUACGACCCAGCUACUUUAGGACAAGUUUACAGCCUUGCCAGUCAGCUCUAUCGUCAAGAGUCACCACACAACGAGCCCGUUGACUUCAAACACUUUGUCAAAUACCUCACCGAGAGAGAUAUUGACGCAAGUGAGACUUACUGGCGGUCGUUGCUGGCCAAUUACUCUUCGGAAGCCUUCCCUCCUGUGCGGCAGCAGAUGCAACCGCAGCCACAGAGUAUUGAGGAGCGGCGCAUCUCAUUGCCAAACAUCCAGGUACCCGAAAUUACCGCUGCUACCAUUGUUCGAGCUGCUUGGGCUAUGACAGCCUCUGCGUCUAGCGGUACCACUGAUGUUGUCUUUGGCGCCACAGUAUCUGGACGGCAUGCCAGAGUUGCCAACAUCGAUGACAUCUCUGGACCAACAAUCGCGACGGUGCCAGUGAGAAUCAAAUUAGACCACACCCGGACAAUCUCUAGCUUCCUUCAACAGGUACAAAGCGAUUCUGUGGAUACGAUCCCAUUCGAACAAUUUGGAUUGCAUCAUAUUCGGAACCUCAGUGAUGAAGCACGACAAGCUUGUGACUUCCACACGCUCCUAGUUGUCCAGCCGCAGGAGACCGACGAGCUUGAAAGUUUUGGAACUAUCGGCCGAUGGGAAGGAAUUGCAGGCCUCGAAUCGUUUUCUACCUAUGCCAUCAACCUUAUCUGCACACUGGAUGGCGACUCCAUGGAUGUCAAGAUUGUCUUUGACAAAGACGUUGUGGACCAUUCAUCAAUCUCGAGACUGUUGGAGAGGCUGGGCUCCAUCAUCCGUCAACUUGCCGCAGGCACAGGAGAUGCUCGUUUAGCCGAUAUAGACUCUCUUUCUGAGGCUGAUUACAAGGAUAUCUGGUCGUGGAACAAGGAUGCGGCACCGGCAGUAUCGAAAUGUCUGCACAGCUUCUUGGCAGAACAGGCACAAAAGCGACCUGAGGCAUCUGCGAUAGAGUCUUGGGAUGGCAACUUUACGUAUGCCGAGCUUGACCGACUAGCAACGCAGCUAGCUCAUCACCUUAUUGAUCUCGGGGUACAGACAGAGUCGCUUGUGCCAAUCUGUUUCGAGAAGUCAAAAUGGGGAAUAGUAGCCAUGUUGGCUGUGCUCAAAGCUGGGGGAGCCUUUGUUCCCAUCGAGCCAUCACACGCGGCGGAGCGAAGGGAGAAUAUCAUUGCGCAGACUGGUGCCAAAGUUAUACUCACCUCGGAACAACAUACAGCUAGCGUCACUCCGUCCGGACGUUCUGUUGUCUCUGUCAGCUCGCAGCUUUUCGAAUCUCUCACAGACGACAAAGAAAAGCCUCUAGUCUUCCACGCGCAGUCUCCCGCAUACGUCAUCUUUACCUCCGGCAGCACUGGCCAGCCGAAAGGUGUUGUCAUCGAUCACCAGGCUGCUUCGACCAGUUGUACUGCCCAUGGCAAGCAGAUAGGGUUUACCGACAAGUCUCGAGUUUUACAGUUCUCUUCGUAUAUCUUUGACGCUUGUAUCAUGGACAUUUUCACAACUAUUAUCUUUGGCGGAUGUGUUUGUGUGCCCUCAGAGGAGCAGAGAAUGACACACCUUACAGAGGUCAUUCUGCAGAUGAAGAUUGACAUUGCAUUCCUGAGCACCGCUGUUACGAGGCUUUUGGAUCCCCAAUCUUUGCCAAACACCUUGACCAUCGUCACUGGAGGCGAGAAAGCUACGGACGACGACUUCUAUCGAUGGCGAGAUAGCGCACGCAUUAUCCACGCCUAUGGACCAACGGAAUGUACCAUCUUCUCAACGUUGAGCCUCUCCACCCUAGGACCAAGCCCAGGUACCGAUAUUGGAAGGGCUGUCGGCUCUUUAGCUUGGGUAGUCGACAGGGAUGACGAGGAUAAAUUGGUUCCCGUCGGUGCUGUCGGAGAGCUGCUCAUGGAAGGCCCAACUCUCAGUCGCGGGUAUCUAAACGACCCGGAGAAGACGGCCCAGUCAUUUAUUCGCGACGUUCCAUGGCUUUUGCAAGGUGGCGCUGGUUUUGCUGGACGCAGCGGCCGCUUGUAUAAGACAGGCGAUUUGGUCAAAUACGCGGCAAAUGGCAGUCUGACGUACGUUGGACGCAAGGACGACCAGGUCAAGAUUCGCGGCCAGCGCGUUGAGCUCGGUGAAGUCGCUCAUCAGGUACGUGAAUGCGUCCCAGGCGCACAAAUGGUGGCGGCAGAAGUCAUUAUUCCUCAAGGCACAGAUGCCAGCCCAAUCCUGGCGGCAUUUAUCAAAUCCCAGCAGGAUGAAGAGGAGACAGUGACGGACAGCGCCAAUGCCUACUCAGCCCACGUUAUGAUUCUGUCGCCAGAGACGGAGGAUCUACUUGCUGAACGAUUACCUUCAUAUAUGAUACCGGCCGUCUACAUCUCUCUGCCGCAGAUUCCUCUCAACACAUCAGGCAAGACAGACCGUCAACAAUUACGCAAGAUUGGGUCCUCUUUUUCGACUCAACAGCUGGCGGAGCUGCGCGCCCAGUCGUCAACCCGUGAAAAGCGACAGCCUGUGACAGAGUCUGAGAAAUCUUUACAACAAAUCUGGGCACAGAUCCUCAAAAUCGAUCCCGCUACCAUUGGUGUCGACGAUAGCUUCUUCCGUCUUGGUGGUGACUCUAUUGCCGCUAUGAAGGUCGUGAGUCAGGCUCGUACUAGCGGCAUUUCCCUUUCAGUUGCGGAUAUCUUCCGUUAUACGACCAUCGCCGCCUUGACGAGCGUUACUGAGAAGGAGCAAGAUGAUCUUGAGGACAGCAUCAUCACGCCGUUUUCUCUGGUGGAUGGCGUUGGCGGAGAUGACAGCCUCAGAUCUAUUGCUGCUGAUUGCGGUGUCGUCUCGUCUCAAGUCCAAGAUGCUUAUCCUUGUACAUCUCUUCAAGAAGGAUUGUUAUCCUUGACUUCCAAGUCCGUGGGAUCUGCCUACGUCCUGAGAACUGUCCUCAACCUGGACACAAAUGUGGUUGACCUACAGCAUUUCCGUCAUAUUUGGGACCAACUGGUGGAGCUUAUGCCCAUUCUCCGAACUAGAAUCAUCCAGACCGAGAAAUGGGGCUUUCUUCAGAUUGUCGUGAACGAGUCGAUUCAGUGGGAUAGCGAUACCAGUCUGGAUAGCUACCUGGAAAGGGAACAGACACACCCUAUGGGUCUCGGCUCACCACUGAUUCGGUUCGCUUUGAUUCGCCACGACAGCUCAUGUCAGUUCGUGCUGACCAUGCACCAUGGUCUUUACGAUGCUCCGUCAUUGAACCAGGUCUGCAUCCUCGCUAGCCGUCUCUACCACCAAGAAACAUUCGACAACCCAACCGACUUCAAAAUCUUCAUGAAAUACCUCAUGGAAAGGGACUUGGAUGCUGACAUGGCUUAUUGGCGCUCCACUCUAGCAGAGUUUGAAUCCGAUCCGUUCCCCCUUAUACGACAACAGCAGAGAGAGGUAAUACCUAGGUCUACCGUGACUCGGCAGUUCGCUCUCCCAUCCAUAAAAGCACACGAUGUCACAGCUGCCACUCUUGUUCGCUCUGCUUGGGCUCUAGCUAUAUCGGUAUCUACUGGUUUGCCUGACGUCGCCUUUGGAACAAUGGUAUCUGGGCGGAAUACCCCCGUCAAGGGAAUUGAGAACAUUACCGGCCCAACAAUUGCGGCGGUGCCAGUAAGAGUCAAGAUGGACCCGAACCAAACAGUAGAAGCAUUCCUUCAACGAGUGCAAAGAGAGUCAAUCGACAUGAUCCCACAUGAGCAACUUGGACUGCACAACAUACAGCGCCUCAGCAAAGAAGCACGCCUUGCCUGCCAGUUCCAGACCAUGCUCGUUGUACAGCCAAUGCAGGAUCUGGAGCUAGGACAGUUCGGUACUUUAGGCCAAUGGACGGAAAUGGUCAGUGUCGGAGCAUUCAGUACCUACGCCAUCAACCUCGUCUGCUCAUUGGGUACCGAUGGAACUGUACACGUCGAGACUAUUUUCGAUGAGACUAUAAUCAGCCGCUUAUCCGUCUCAAGGCUCUUGGACAAGCUCGAGCUGUUUGUGAACCAGCUCAGCACAGCAGCCGACGACAAGAUGCUUGUUGAUAUUAACGCCUUGUCAGAAGCCGACUACCUCGAUAUCUGGUCCUGGAACCAACACGUACCUCCGGCUGUAGAUCGCUGCCUACACGAUAUGGUUGAGGAACAAGCCCAGAGACGACCGGAAGCCCCGGCUAUCUGCGCCUGGGAUGGCAACUUUACAUUUGCUGAAUUCGAUAAAAUGGCGAUAACACUGGCCCAUCACCUCAGAGAACUUGGGGUAGGGCCGGAAACGCUAGUCCCACUAUGCUUUGAGAAAUCGAAAUGGACAAUAGUAUCAAUGCUUGCUGUGCUUAAAGCAGGCGGUGCUUUUGUGCCUAUCGAUCCCUCCCAGGCUGUUGAUAGAAGAGAAAGAGUCUUUAUGCAGGCUGAAGCGCGUGUCAUCUUAGCCUCAGCCACAUAUGCGCCUGGCCUGGCUGCACCCGAGCGCUGCGUUGUUACAGUCGACCAUCCCUUCAUGGACUCUUUAACUACGGAAAUGCAAACACCCUUGGCAGUUUAUGACCCACGCUCUGCUGCCUACACCAUCUUUACCUCUGGAAGUACUGGCCAACCCAAGGGUGUGGUGGUCGAGCACUAUGCGAUCUGCUCUAGCUGUAUCUACCAUGGCGGUGCGAUCGGAUACAAAGAAACCUCCAGAGUUCUCCAAUUCUGCGCUUAUACUUUUGAUCCAAGUAUCAUGGAGAUCUUUACCACGUUGAUACACGGAGGCUGUGUCUGCGUGCCGUCAGAAAACGACCGCCUUAACGAUAUCGAGACAAGUAUCAACACGAUGGAAGUCAAUAUCGCCUUCUUUACGCCUUCUACAGCCCGCCUUGUUGAUCCCCAGAGGGUUUCCGCUAAUUUGAAGAAGCUUCUGCUGGGAGGUGAGAAGGCUGUGGACGAGGAUUUUGCAAGGUGGUGGCCUCAACUUGAAGCAGUAAUCAACGUCUAUGGUCCAGCCGAGUGUUCGAUUAUUAACUCCUUGAACAUCACGAGCCCUUCGAAAUCCCAAGACGCAAAUAUUGGCUUGGCAGUUGGAUCAGUAUCGUGGGUUACUAUGCCUGGAGAUCCGGAUCAUCUAGUACCCAUUGGUGCUGUAGGUGAACUGCUCGUCGAGGGACCAAUUCUGUUCCGAGGCUAUCUGCACAACGAAGAGAAAACAGCAGCGUCUUUCGUUGACGAUCCGCAGUGGCUGACGAAGGGGGCCCCCUCAAGCGGCUACCCAGGCCGUCGAGGGCGCCUUUACAGAACGGGAGACUUGGUAAAAUAUGACGACGAUGGCUCCCUGAUAUAUGUCAGGCGAGACGACUCCACCGUCAAGGUGCGAGGCCACCGCGUCGACCUUGGGGAGGUUGAGUAUCAUCUACGAGAGUGUCUCCCAGAGGCAGCCAUUGUAGCUGCUGAAGUGAUCACUCCCGGGGGAGAAGAUGCUAGCUCAAUGUUGGCAGCAUUCAUUGUUGAGAAGCAGAGUAGCAGCUUUGACAGCUCCGAUGAAUCCACUGGGCCUGGUCUGGCGCGGGUCAUCAACAUCUCUCCCGAGGCGGAACAAGCGCUAGCGGAGCGAUUGCCGGUCUACAUGAUGCCCACCGUCUAUUUUGUCGUUGCCCAGAUGCCGCUCAAUACCUCUGGCAAAACCGACCGUCGACAGAUUCGCGGUAUCGGUAACAGCUUUACAGGCCAGCAGUUAGCAGAGAUGCGUAUCGGGUUGAAUCGUAACAAACGACCCCCCAUCACCGAGGCAGAGUGCACGCUACAUCGUGUCUGGGCAUCGGUGCUCAACAUUGAACCCUCAGCUAUUGGUAUUGACGAUAGCUUCCUCCGUCUUGGUGGAGACUCGAUCACGGCGAUGAAAGUUAUCAGCCAGGCUCGUAGCUAUGGCAUUUCUAUUUCUGUUGCCGACGUCUUCCGCCAUCCUACCAUAGCGGCCCUAGCCAGCAUGUCACAAACAGACAACGACUCUGUGGUUGAUGAUGAAAUUCUGCCGUUUUCUCUCCUUGGCGAUACUUUGGAUGAGGCGGGAGGACUUUCAUCGAUUGGUGCUGAGUGUGAUGUUGAGGUUGAUCGGCUUCAGGAUGUCUAUCCCUGCACACCACUCCAAGAAGGUCUCCUCUCUCUCACAUCGAAGUCGACAGGCGCAGCUUAUGUGUUGAGGGCUAUGCUUCACUUGGAUAAGGAUAUCAACCUGCAGCAGUUCCGCAUUGCCUGGGAUCAAGUAGCAGAGCAACUACCCAUCCUCCGAACUAGAAUCAUCCAGCACCAGAGACUUGGCCUAGUACAGGUUGUGACAAACGAAAAGAUUCUGUGGAAAGAAGGCACCGAUCUGCGCCAUCACAUCACGCAGGCCAAUUCUGAAGCUGCUGAUGAUUACUGGCGAGGCUACUUGGCUGGUUUUGCGUCUCCAUUAUUUCCCCAAUUGGCAGCAAACUCGGAUCCGCCGUCAGCCAAGUCCUUAGUCAAGCGAUCGUAUCUGAUACCACCUACAAAGGAGCUUGAUACUACCAUUGCAAGUCUCGUCCGUGCCGCAUGGGGAUUGACUUUGGCUACAUCAGGUGGGACAGCCGACGUUGUAUUUGGCGCAACUGUCUCUGGAAGAAACGCCAACGUCAACGGCAUUGAAGAGAUCGCCGGACCGACCAUGGCCACGGUUCCAGUGCGUGUAACGGUUGAUCAAUCCCAAACCAUCUCCGAAUUCUUGCAACAAGUCCAGCAACAAUCUCUGGAGAUGAUCCCGCACGAACAGACUGGACUGCGGAAAAUACAGGCCCUGAGCCCCGAGGCGCACCGGGCAUGCCAGUUCCAGACUUGGAUCAUUACCCAGCCACUUUCUCAAGCAACUCAGCUGGAAGAAUCAAAGAUUGUCAUAGCCGAAGACGAAUCAGACGAGUUGGGAUUCUCCACCUAUGCGCUCAACCUCACUUGCUCCUAUGAUCAGCAGAACAUUGUCAUAGAAGCUAGCUUUGAUGACCAGCACAUCAGCCAGUGGCAGAUGGACCUGCUUCUGGGUCGUUUCGACCGCACGCUGAAUGGUCUAUGCACGUACAAUGGCGACGAGCCACUGGCCUCAAUUGAAGCCAUCUCUGCUGACGAGUGCCGUCAAGUAUGGGAAUGGAACAAGACAGUUCCGCCUGUCUACGAGAGAUAUAUGCAUGAAAUCAUCCAAGAACAGGCUAGGAAAACACCAAACGCAGCUGCUGUUUGCGCAUGGGAUGGCGACCUCACCUAUGCGGAGCUAGAAGAGCUGGCGACUGCGCUCUCGCACGAACUUGCUGCUAGAGGUGUCAGCUGCAAGGAUAUUGUCCCCAUUUGCUUCGAAAAAUCACAUCUUACGCCAGUCGCGAUGCUUGCUGUUCUCAAGACUGGUGCAGCCUUCACUCUCCUAGAACCGUCACAACCGAUUUCUCGACUUCAGGAGGUUGUGCUGCAGGUUGAGGCGAAGCUAGUUUUGUGCUCCACGGCACAAACCAAGCUAUGUUCCGAGUUUCCAGCUACUAUAAUCACUGUUGAUCAUGAGUCGCUAUUGAUCGCAAAGGCCAAGUCGACAUCAGCAGUCCUGUCUGCUUCUCCAGAUGAACUAUCCCUAGCAUCUCGCCUAUACUUGGUUUUUACAUCUGGCAGCACUGGAAAACCUAAAGGUGUACAAAUCUCACAUGGAUCGUUCUCUUCCGCUUUCCACUACCAAUCGAAGAUCAUUGGAUUUGGCUCUCAGCGAGUAUAUGAUUUCUUGUCAUACGCCUUUGAUCUGUCCAUAGAGACAAUCCUGAUGACUCUUGCCUCGGGCGGUUGCCUUUGCGUCCCUUCAGAAACCGACCGUAAGGACAUGCUGAUGGAGUCUUUGACAUCUCUGAACGUCACCAUGGUUCACAUCACGCCAUCAGUGUCACGCAUUCUGCAAAGAGAAAACCUGAGCAAGUUGAAGGUGAUACUUUUCGGAGGCGAGGCACCACGGCUAGACGAUCUCACAGGAUGGCCUGACACGGUACGCGUGAUCAACGGCUACGGACCAGCCGAGUGCACGCCAACGAGUACACUUAAUCCGAUUACUAAAACACCAAAAGAUGCUACCAACAUUGGAUUCGGUGCGGGUACAGUCACCUGGUUGGUUGAUCCUGAGGAUCAUAACCGUUUGGCGCCUUUAGGCACCGCAGGAGAACUGCUCAUCGAAGGCCCGUUGGUCGGGUCGGGAUACUUGAAUGAGCCCGAAAAGACGGCUGCUGUCUUCAUCCAGGAUCCUGACUGGCUGGUUCGAGGAACUGAAGGGUAUGCGGGCAGACAAGGGCGCCUGUACAAGACAGGUGAUCUUGCCCGGUACGAAGAAGACGGCAGCAUCGUGUAUAUUGGCAGAAAGGAUGGGCAGGUCAAGAUUAGGGGUCAUCGUGUUGAGCUCGGCGAUGUAGAGCAUCACGUGCGCCAUUGUGUCCCCGAAGCCCGUCUAGUAGCUGCAGAAGUCAUCAUUCCCGGAGGUGGAAACGCCAACCCGAUGUUGGCUGCGUUCCUGGUUAUGAAGGACAUCGAGCGAACGGCUGAUGACGAUACCGAAUCAUCAGCGCCACGGAUCAUUAACAUUUCUACCGAGGCCGAAGCCGCACUUAUUCAGAGGCUGUCAUCCUACAUGAUCCCGGCCGUUUUCUUCGCUCUACCCGCGAUGCCACUCAACAAUUCGGGUAAAACAGACCGUCGCAGACUGCGGGGGAUAGGAUCAACCUUCUCCGCGCAGGAGCUUGCAGAACUGAGAAUCGGUUCCAGCCGCGAUAAACGAAUGCCGGUUACAGAAAUCGACCAGGCCCUUCAGCAGAUCUGGGCAGAUGUGCUUGCCAUCAGCUCUUCUACUAUCGGUAUCGACGAUAGCUUCUUCAGCCUUGGCGGUGAUUCUAUCGCAGCGAUGAGAGUUGUCAGUCUGGCGCGCGGCCAUGGGCUACAUCUCUCUGUCGCCGACAUCUUCCGCCACCUAACCAUCACUUCUUUAACCAGCAUGGCGCAGGUGGACGAAACUACAACUUACGGCGACAUUGCCCCAUUCUCUCUUCUUGGUAAAGACGUCGAUGAAUCGAAUUAUCGCAAUUUGAUUACCGUCACCCACGAAAUUGAUCCAUCGCGGAUACAAGAUGCCUAUCCCUGCACGCCAAUCCAAGCAGGCCUGCUGUCUUUGACAUCCAGGUCUGCGGGAGCUUACGUAUCACGAGUCAUUCUAGAGCUGAAUGAGAAAGCCAACCUGCAACGCUUCUGUCACAGCUGGGAUCAGUUAGUGCAGAUGGUACCCAUUUUGCGGACGAGGAUUGUCCAAAGCCCGCAGUUUGGACUGUUGCAAGUGGUCCUCGACGAGUCGACUCCGUGGAACACCGCCAGCGAUCUAGACGAAUACCUAUUGGAAGACGAGGCAAAACCUUUGGGUAUCGCGCUGCCACUCAUUCGAGUUGGUUUGAUUCGCCGUCCCGCUCCAUCUCCAUCAGUCUUCGUUCUGACCAUGCAUCACGCUCUCUACGAUGCUAUUUCACUCAACUAUAUUUGUGAUCUUCUCAGCCGUCUCUAUUACACUGAGCCACUGAACAGUCCCGUUGACUUCAAGUACUUUGUACGGUAUCUGAACGAAAGGGACAUGGCGAUGGAUAAGAACUAUUGGCAGUCUGCUCUGGCUGACUUCACCUCUGACCACUUUCCCCUCGUCAGACAUCAUGCAGAAGCCAAGCCGACAUGCACCAUUUCGCAACAACUUUCCGUGCCCGUUAUCCUGGCACCUAAUAUUACAACUGCUACCCUGAUCCGCGUUGCAUGGGCGGCGGCGGUUCAGAUGUUCAGCAGCACUUCUGAUGUUGUCUUCGGCACAAUGGUUUCCGGGCGAAGUGCCAGGCUUACUGGCAUUGAGAACAUUGUUGGGCCGACUAUCGCCACAGUCCCUACGAGAGUCAAGCUAGACUCAGCUCAAACGAUAUUUGAACUCCUUCGCCAGGUGCAAGAGCAGUCAGUCGACAUGAUUCCUCACGAGCAGCUAGGACUUUUGAACAUACAGAACGUCAGCGAUGAUGCUCACCACGCCUGCCAAUUCCAGACACUGGUGGUAGUGCAGCCACCACAGGAGUCAGAGCCAGGGCAGUCCGAAGCAGCUCUAGGACAAUGGAAAGACAUGUCAGGCGUGGAAGCUUUCUCUACCUAUGCUCUCAACUUAAUCUGUUCACUUGGUGACGGAAGCAUUGGUGUCAAGGCCAUCUUUGAUGAUAACAUCAUCGACCGACUAUCCGUUCAAAGGCUUCUAGACAGCUUGCAGGUCGUGAUCAGCCAGCUGGCCAGCGCCAAUAAGAAGACGAUAUUGGCAGACAUGAAUACCUUAUCUGCAGCAGACUACGAAACUGUAUGGUCGCGGAGCGGGUCAGUGCCGCCAGCGGUGAACCGAUGUGCACAUGAUAUCGUGACGGCGGAAGCAGGAAAACGGCCAAAUGCCUCUGCACUAUGCUCAUGGGACGGAGAGUUUACCUACGCCGAGCUCGAUAUGCUGUCAACACAACUAGCGCACUACCUCAUUCUCGACCUAGGGGUGGAGAAGGGCACUAUGAUACCGCUGUGCUUCGAGAAGUCAAAGUGGACAGUAGUCGCAAUGCUCGCUGUUAUGAAGGCCGGAGCCGCUUUUGUUCCCAUUGAUCCAUCUCAGGCUAGAGACCGUAGGGAGAGGAUCUUCGAAGAAGCUGGCGCAUCGGUUAUCCUUGCCUCGGAACAAUACGAGCCAUCCCUUCGCCAUUCCGGUCGAACCGUGGCUUGUAUUGGGACCGACUUUUUUAACAAGCAACCUCAAGCGAGCAAGAGAGACGACGUUAUCCCGUCUGUAGACCCGGCCUCUGCAGCUUACGUGCUCUUCACCUCUGGAAGCACAGGAAACCCCAAGGGUGUCAUCGUGGAGCAUCGGGCUAUGAGCUCGAGCUGUACGUACCACGGUCAGACAAUUGGUAUGACUGAAACCACAAGGGCAUACCAGUUUGCUGCGUACAUCUUCGACGCCUGUAUCAUGGAAAUUUUCAGCACCUUGAUAUAUGGAGGCUGCAUAUGCAUCCCGUCUGAUUACGACCGGUUGAAUAACCUGGAGGCGAGCAUGAUUACUAUGGAUGCAAACACUGCAUUCUUUACACCCACAUUAGCUCGUUCGCUGAACCCAAGCCGACUUCCUUUGCAUACAGUUAUCCUUGGCGGCGAAGGACCUACUGAUGAUGACCUGCUACGGUGGAGUCAGGGUCGACACAGGAAGAUUCUGAACGGAUAUGGCCCUACAGAAUGUACAGUAUUCUGUGUCAUGAACACCGUCACUCACAGCCAGACAGGUGUUGGCUCAAUUAUCGGAAGACCUGUAGGCUCGGUUUCAUGGGUCUGCAUGGCUGAUGGCAGCAAUAGGCUUGCGCCAAUUGGCGCGGUUGGUGAGUUACUGGUUGAAGGUCCGACAUUAGCUCGCGGAUACAUCAACCAUCAGUCAUCAGACGCAUUUAUCCAAGACCCUCUCUGGUUAUUGCAGGGAGGAGCUGGAUAUCCAGGACGACGCAGCCGUUUGUAUAAGACUGGCGACCUGGUACGCUAUGAUGAAGCUGAUAAUCUCAUCUAUCUCGGCCGGAAGGACACCCAAGUCAAGAUCCGAGGCCAGCGACUUGAGCUCGGGGAAGUCCAAUACCAUGUUGGACAGUGUCUUUCGGACAUAUCCUCUGCUGUAGCUGUGGAGUUGAUCACUCCUGAAGGCGAAGGUGCUAGCCCUAUGGUAGCAGCUUUCGUUGUGCCGAAAGAUACAAACGACAACAACCUUGUCAACGAAGCUGUUACGGCCCAUGUCAUGACCAUAUCUUCAGAAGCCCAGGAUGCUAUUGCGGAACGACUGCCCAACUACAUGAUACCCGCAAUUUACCUCUCGCUUUCACGGAUACCGCUCAAUAUAUCUGGUAAGAUAGACCGACGACAACUGCGGGAAAUCGGAUCCAGCAUUUCCAGCAAGCGGCUAGCGGAGAAUCGUGUUACUUCUAGAGGCAACGAGAAAGCACCUUCAACAGAUGUGGGACGGGCCUUGCAGCAAAUCUGGGGUAGCGUCCUUAAACUUGACCCCAACACCGUUGGAGCCGAUGACAGUUUCUUCCGCCUUGGUGGUGACUCCAUCUCAGCCAUGAAGGUCGUCAGCGCUGCUCGCGAGGUUGGACACGCCCUACUCUCCCUCUCCGUUGCCGACAUUUUCCGUUACCCAUCUCUCAAUCAGCUUGCCCAGAGAGGGGAGACGGCACAGGCGGGACAGGAAGCAUCACAGAUUCGGUACGGAGGGGCAUCCGACCUGCUGUCGUUGCAGCCUUUCGAACUCAUGGAUUCCGAUGCCGUUGAUAGCUUGCGCCAACGUGCAGCCACUCUCUGCCAAGUAGAUAUCGCGGCCAUCGAAGACGCCUAUCCCUGCACUGCCCUUCAAGAGGGGCUGUUGGCCCUUACGACCAUGUCUACCGACGCCAAAGCCUAUGUCCUCAGACUGGUGCUGAAUGUGCCGUCCUCUGUCGAUCUCCAUAAGUUCCGGGCCGUUUGGAACGACAUGACGCGUCUCUUCCCUAUCUUGCGCACUCGUAUCGUGCAGUCAGAUGUUGGAGUGCUCACACAGGUGCUUGUUGACGACACAAUUCCUUGGACAGAGGGCGACAACCUGCGUCAGUACUUGGAAGAUGAUACAGCAAACCCCAUGGUGCUGGGUGGCCGGCUAUGCCGCUUUGCUCUGAUUCACGAUCCUGCCAAACCCCAUCAUCGUGAAUUUGUUUGGACGAUGCACCAUGCCCUCUAUGACGGUCACUCACUCGGCAUCAUGGAACAAGUAGCACGUCAGCUGUAUGCAGCCAAACCUGGAGACUUUUCUCCCCGGCUUGUUGACUUCAAGUACUUCUCCAAGUACUUGGCACAGAUGGAUGCAGACGCCUCAGCUCGCUACUGGACUUCACAGCUAGAGGGAUUCGAAAAUCAGCCUUUCCCGGCGACUCUGGCGGGCAACGAAACACCAGCCUCGCCCGGCGAAACCAAACGAAGUAAAUGCAACAUAUCAUCCAUUGCCCAAGCGGACAUCACCUCUGCCAGUGUCUUGCGCGCUGCUCUGGCCAUGACAAUGGCGUCCUCAGCCGGUAUUGAGGAUAUCGUCUUUGGUGAAGUGGUCUCCGGCCGUCAAGCCCCCGUCAAUGGUAUCGAGGUCCUUGGAGGACCGACCAUUGCCACUGUGCCUGUUCGCGUGCGCAUUGCUCGUGAGCAAACAGUCAAUUCCUUCCUCAAAACCGUGCAGAAUCAAUCUGUCGAUAUGAUUCCCUUCGAGCAGUUUGGUCUGCAGCGCAUCCAACAAUUGGGUGACGGUCCUCGGCUGGCUUGCCAGUUCGAGACAAUGCUCGUUAUCGAGCCGCGUUCCGAGGCACAAAACUUGCUCGGAGAAGGAAAGGCAGCGGGCGAGGAAGACGAAAGCCAGACAGACAACAUGGGCCAAUGGACAAGUGUCGAUACCACAACGGAUGCGGCAGCAUUUGCGUCAUACUCGCUUAACAUUACGUGCGCACUCGGCACCGAUGGCAUCGUCGACGUGGAGGCCCUCUAUGACAGCAGCCGAAUCUCAGAAUGGCUCGUGGAAUUACUACUGGAGCGAUUCUGCAAUAUGGCAGAGCAACUUGCAUCUGCCAAAGACAACCUGGCGCUCUCCAGCAUCCUCACCAUACCAGAGGCAGAGCUGAAGCAGGUCUGGGACUGGAACGCCGAGGUCCCAGAGCCCGUUCACAGAUGUGUACACGAUAUCAUCCAAGAUGAGGUUGUAGCACGACCUGACGCCCUGGCGGUCGAUGCUUGGGAUGGAAAGUUUGCUUACGCUGAGCUGGACGAAUUGGCAAAUCGACUUGCCCAUCGACUUGAGAAAAUGGGAGUCAAACAAGAUGUCUUGGUGCCUCUGUGUUCCGAAAAGUCUAAAUGGACAGUUGUGGCAAGGCUUGCGAUCCUCAAAGCUGGGGGUGCCUUUGUAUCUCUUGAUCCCGCGCAGCCGAUGGACCGUCUUGUGUCCAUUGUCACAGAACUCGCAACGCCCGUCCUCGUAUGCUCACCCAAGGAGCAAGCCAGAUGGUCCACCCAAGAUUUCACCAUCCUCACCAUUACGGAUUCACUAUUCUUGAAGCCAGCGUUGCCUUUGUCUCCUCCCCGAUUAUCAGUGUCGCCAGACUCUCCCAUGUACGCUGUAUUCACUUCCGGAAGCACUGGCAAGCCAAAGGGAGUGGUGGUUUCUCACUCAGCACUUGCGGCAGCUUGCAAGUAUCAGUCCGCAGGCCUGCAGUAUAACCACCAAAGCCGUAUUCUGGACUUUUCUUCGUACGCCUUCGACGCCUCUGUGAGCAACCUUUUUAUGGCCCUUACCACGGGAGCCUGUCUGUGCGUACCAACAGAUGAUGAUCUCAAGAACGACCUUACUCGCUGUCUGCGCGAUACGCAAGCCACCAUCAUCGACAUCAGCCCUUCUGUCGCACGCACCAUCGAUCCUACAUCCCUCCCACACCUUGCAACGGUUAUCUUGGCCGGUGAACAAGUCUCUGCCUCCGACAUGAGCCGUUGGCCGGACACAGUCUCUGUAGUCAACGCAUACGGACCUUCCGAGUGCACCCCAUCAGCUACACUCAACGGUAAGGGUUCAGAAGCCGCCACAAAGACCAGUAUCGGCUUCGGUGCUGGUGCAGUAACGUGGGUGGUAUCCGAGCAUGACCACUCUAAGCUUGCGCCGAUUGGAACGCCCGGCGAGCUUUUCCUGGAGGGUCCCAUCACAGGAUCCAAGUACCUCAACAAUGACCAGAUGACGCAAGAAGCCCAUGUCGAGAACCCUGUUUGGCUGGUACAAGGCACUCCAGUGCAUCCUGGCAGACGCGGACGAGUUUACAAGACGGGAGAUUUAGUCCGUUACGACCAAGACGGCAGCCUUAUCCAUGUCGGUCGAAAGGAUGCCCAAGUCAAACUGCGAGGCCAACGUGUCGAGCUCGGUGAAGUUGAGCAUCAUGUUCACCAGUGUAUGCCGGGCGCACCGGUAACGGCCGCCGAGGUGAUUAUUCCAGGAGGCACUGCUGCAAGGCCAGUUCUAGCAGUAUUUUUGGUCUUCCAGGAAGAUGAGAAGCGUGACCGAACAACCGAGCCCGUUCGUAUUAUCUCGGUGUCAGCAGACACUGAGGACGCACUCACAAGGCGGCUACCAGCUUUCAUGGUACCAGCUGUAUACUUUGCUCUCCCCGAGAUGCCACUGAACUCAUCCGGCAAGACUGAUCGUCGACAACUUCGAGCUAUCGGUAGCAGCUUUACUGUUCAGCAGCUUGCAGAGAUGCGUGUCAACACGGGCCGUGAGAAGCGGGAUCCAUCCACAGACGCGGAGCGAGCGCUACGGAACAUAUGGGCUCGCAUUCUCAAUAUCGAUGCAGCCACCAUCGGUGUAGACGAUAGCUUCUUCCGCCUUGGUGGUGACUCCAUCAGCGCGAUGCAAGUAUCAUCCGAUGCCCGAGCAACCUUAGGAAACAUUUCCACCGCCGAUGUUCUGCAGAAGAAGACAAUUGCAAAGCUCGCUCUCAAUGUCACUCCCAACUCCCACGGCUUAGUCUUGAUGCAAUCUGCCCCAGACCACCAUGAACCUUUCGACCUCAGCCCUAUUCAACAGUUCUACAUGCAGACGCAGUCUGAGCCCAACCGAUGCUUCGACCAGAGUAUCUUCCUGCAACUUCGUCUCUCUACAUCCCUGUCGGAUGUACGAGAGCAUCUCAGCUCUCUUGUAGACUUACAUCCCAUGCUGAGGGCUCGUUUCCUUCGUGUUGGGGAAUCAUCAUGGAAACAACAGAUUUCCAGUGACACCACAACUACCUUCUCCCUGACUGAAGCGAGUAACGAGGACAAGGCCGUUGUUAUCAAUCAAUGCCGUAGCCUUCUGGACAUCGAGCGUGGCCCUCUUCUAGCGGCCGUGCUUUUUGACGAGGGCGACUACCAGAGUAUUUUCAUUUCUGUCCACCAUCUCGUCGUCGACUUGGUCUCAUGGCGUGUUCUACUGCAAGACUUUGAACAACUACUGACGCAAGGACGUAUCAUGUCAACCCCUGCAAUCAGCUUCCAGACUUGGUGUGCGCUGCAGCAACAACAGAUGACCUCAGAGAUACAGAGAGCGCAGCUGAGCACCUCAGAAGGCAACUCAGAUCUCUUGACCUUCUGGGGCAUUGAUGCCAGCUCCAACGUUGAGGCGGGCACCAUUUCCACACAAUUCACGCUCGAUGAAAAAACAACCUCUGCGGUCUUUGGGGAAUGCAACGAUGCUUUCGGCACACGACCUAUGGAGUUGUUGAUCUCGGCUCUAGUAGACUCAUUCAGCACUGUCUUCGAUGAUCGCGAGCCACCAACAGUAUUCUGCGAGGGACACGGACGAGAAGUCUGGGACGACAAUAUCGAUAUUUCGAGGACUGUGGGAUGGUAUACCACUAUUUUCCCUGCCACACCAGACACCUCUGGACGUUUGACCCUAUCCAAACGGAUUGCCCGAACAAAGGACUUCUUGCGUCAACUUCCUGAUAACGGCUGGUCUUACUUCACAUCCCGUUUUGGCAGCGAAGCCAGUGCUCGUAAACACGCAGCCGGUUUCCCAGUCGAGAUUCUAUUCAACUAUACUGGUCAGUACCAGCAGUUGGAGAGGGAUGACUCCGCUUUCGGUGUGCUCUCUUUGCCAGACAACACCGAACCCGCAUCCAUGUCAGGACUCUUGAGGUCAUCCGUGUUUGAAGUCGUCGCCACCACAUCUCGAGGAUGCCUCCACGUUUCCAUCAUGUACCACAAAAGCAUCCACCAUCAAGACAGAAUUGCCGCAUGGGGAGACCAAAUGGCAGUCGUCCUGCAGGAAAUGGCAUCACAGAUGCCAUCCAAAGCAUCGGAAUGGACAUUGUCCGACUUCCCGAUGGCUUUCCAGACCUACCAGGACCUCGCUGCAUUCCAGGCAGAGACUAUACCUGAGCUCGGAAUUGCGGCAAUCGAUGUGGAAGACAUAUACCCCUGCACUCACAUGCAAGAGGGCAUCCUUAUUGCACAGGCUAAAGACUCGUCGACAUACAAAACACGGCUUGAUUUCAAGAUUGAGACCACAGGCGCAGAAGACAACAUUGAUGUCUCCAGGGUCGAACAAGCCUGGAGGGCAGUCGUUCAGCGACACUCUCUCUUACGAGCGGUGAUCGUGGAGGCAAUGCCUGGCAGCGACAGGAUGAUGCAGGUUAUUUUGAAGAAUCCUGUUGCCAGCAUCUCAUACGCCGGGUCCAACACCGAUGACCAGCAGAUUCUCGCGUACAACAAGGGUGGCUUGCAGCACCAUCUAGUGAUUCAACCGGUAAACAAUCGUCAGGUAUUGUUAAACCUCCACAUGAAUCACGCCAUCUCCGACGGUUUCACGACCACCAUCUUUAUGCAAGACAUGUAUCUAGCAUACCAUCAGAAGCUAGAUGUCAGCGAUGCAGCUCUCUACCGGGACUUCGUCUCCUACGUCGAGAACCAGUCGGCCGAAGAAAACGACCGGUUCUGGAGAGCAUACCUCCAGGACAGCGAGCCCUGCUAUUUCCCUGUACCAGGCGAGCCAAGCACCAAAACCACUCAGGCCGUAUCGGUAGUCGUUCCUAGCCUGGACAGUAAACGUAUCCAUGCUCUCUGUAACCAAUUGGAAAUAACACCCGCCAUUGUCGUCGCAACAGCCUGGUUCCUGGUCUUGCGAGAUUUCACAAGCUCGUCGACGCCCUGCUUCGGCAUGCUCCUCUCCGGUCGCGAUGUUCCUGUCGCGGAUGUACACGGAAUAUUUGGUCCGCUCGUAUGCCUGGUGCCCUACCUUGUUCGACUGAACCAGAGUCGACCGGUAGCUGAAGUUCUGCAAGAGGUGUAUCAAAACUACCUGGAUAUUCUGCCCCACCAGACAUACCCUCUGAUGAGCAUCCACCGAGCUUCGGGCAAUGGAACCAGGGAGCUUUUCAACAGCAUCAUGUCAUUCCGAUCCGACAGCGAGCAGCUUGGUGAGUCUUAUCGUGAUCUAGCCAUUGAGCUUCAAGGCGGAUCCGAUCCUGUUGAUGUAAGUAGCGAGCCAAACUAA